UCUCCAUACCGACGAACUUUCCUCAGCUCGGCAUACUAAAGAGACAAGCUUGUAUUCUGUCUAGCUUAAGCUUGACGAAACUCAGAAUUAAACUUGUCUUGUCUUCUUAGUUAAACUCAGUUUUACGUGUGACGCCGCUUUCUCUGCGAACCUUUUCCCAUUUACCGAACUUAAAACUCUCGAUACGACUUCUAGAUUACCCUCGACGAAGUACCUUAAAUCACUCUCGCCAAUGCUGUUGCCAAUGGUAGCUCUCUUGUCUUCGAUAUAAGCCUCGAUAGGCACCUGUACAUUCUACCCCCCUACGGAGAAAACACCCCAUAUCUAUCAUGUCGUUCGGCGUUGCUGUCCAAUCUGCCAUAUUCUACGUCGUCUCAUGUGCACCAUGUCUUCAGGCAAGGCAUCACCAACAAUCCAAGGCGCUGGCCAAGAAGGAGCGUGAGGUGAAAGCGCGCUUCCAGGCUGAGAACCCUAAAUCAUACCGACACCCGGACCCUUUCAAUACAAAUCCGUACUGGUCGGAGGAAAUAAUGAUGGGCCCGAGAAUACAGUCAAAGAAGUAUACCGGCGGCAAUGGUAAAAGUAGCAGUCAGAAGCGCUUGAGUAGUUCCGGCAAGGAAACUAUAAGCGUUGCCGAAAGCAGUACGCAGGUCGACAGCACGAGCCCGGUAAGUAGUCAUACUGCCGUGGCGGAAGACGGCAAGCUCAGUUUUUCAACUACCCUAUCGGACGACUGGAACCGAAAGCGUUACCAGAGGGAAGAUGAAGAGUUAUGGGGUCAUGAGCUGUCCCGUACAGGUCAUAAGCUGAUGGACGCGAUUAAGCAGGCGGGAUCAUCAGCCGGUCGACUUCUGGAAACAAGAUUAGGGAUGGAACCGAAGUCGGUUACUGAGGAAGACAGACAUAACUUCUAUUUCGCGCCGAGGAACCCUCCUGUCAACGAAUAUCAUCCCCCGAUUGUGCGACAGAAGCCUACGAACAAAAACGCCACUAUGUGGAUGUUGCAGCCGCCGCCGCCUGCGAAGGUCAUGGAAGGCAAAGUGCCUGUUAGUAGAAGUGGAAGCAUGGCUAGCCACGUCAGUCGUAAGACGACGAUGAGCGAUGCGCCUAGCUUAAGCCGGCUAGUUCACGAGAGGGCAGUAGAGGCUAAACUUAAGAGCGGCGAGUUACCGACAGAUUUCGAAUCGACUUCGACACUCCAUAAGACCGUUACGAGGAAAAAUACAUCGAGCCGAAAACACCAUAGCCACCGAAGGACAAGGAGCAGGAGCCUAUCGAUAGAGUCUUCAGACACUUCUGAUGCGACUACAAAGCAGAGAAGCCGUCGAGUACGACCAACGCCCACUGCCGAUUUUGACUCUUCCGAUGAAGAAGAAUAUUUCUUGCGAAGUUCAGAUUCCUUUGGGCGAGGUAGAAGAGCUGCCCGACGACCAACGCUACGACCUAUUUCAAGCUCUCAGGAAAACGAGAAGGAUACGAAGGAGAAUGUGCCAACUAAGGCUAAGGGGAAUAAGACGCUCACUCGAUCAGCAAGCUCUGCACUUGCCAAUAUUACUAGCACAUCGCAACUGAAUCAAACCUCGUCGACCGCUGAAUCCGGUGAAGAGACGCUACAAAAAGAUACGCCAGAGAAGUCCUCGCCAAUGGCACUAGGACCCCCGCUGAAGGUCUCUACAUAGAGUCGUUGGGGCAGACAGCUAGUCAAAUCAGAUAGCAGCAUUCAGGUGUACGCUCCUCGAGCUA